UGGGAAAAAGCUCAAGGACUACGACUAGUUAAAGUGGUAUUUAGCUGUUAAAAUUGACCAAUGGCAUGUUUCCCUCUAGGAUUUUGACACAAGUUAGGGUUUGCUUAUUUGUUUUUUGGCAAGUGUGGUCUAGUGUGACAAACACACUUCAGCUGAGGACCUACAGAGAUUGGAGUGCCAGCCGAUCAAUGUUCAACAACAAAACAGAUUCGUGAACAGCGGUAGGUUUAGAAACAUGAUCCACGUGUAUUACCUUUUUAGUUGUUCCUCAACGACGUUUUUAUCUAAGGCUCAUUUUGAUUUCUCAAAAGGAAGCUGAAAUGUGUGCUCAUCUGAUCUUGAAGAGUGAAUCCCCACAUAGGGAUAUUAUCCAAGUGCAAGGAUGAUAUCAAACAAACAAGUGGUUUCCAACAUUAGCCAAUGAGGAUCAAAACGUCCCCAGAUUCAUUGAAUCUGUUUGCAUUAUGGACGGUGGAAGACCUAGGAUUUAUUGUGGGCACAGCAGGUUUGAUGCCCUCAGCUCCAUAAUGGAGGCCUCAGAUUUGACCACACGCUGGAACGGGCGGCAGAGGAGAACAGCAGGUGCCUCCACCCUGCCUGAGCACUCCGGGUUCAUGGACAGAGGAGAGACGAGCUCUCCUGAGCCUGAUAUGGAAGAGGAGGCAGAUCGCCUCAUUAGGAACUCAGAGGCCAGGAGACGUCACCGGGUCCGGCCUGGGAUCCGCGGCGAACUGGGAAAUAUAUUACUUCUCCUGUUCCUCUAUGUGCUGCAGGGGAUUCCCUUGGGACUGGCUGGCAGCGUCCCCCUGAUCCUACAGAGCAAGAGUGUCAGCUACAAAGACCAAGCCUUCUUCAGCUUCGUCUUUUGGCCGUUCAGUCUAAAGCUUUUCUGGGCACCGUUGGUGGAUGCCCUGUAUCUCAGCAGGUUUGGGAGAAGGAAGUCGUGGCUGGUGCCUACUCAGUACCUGCUGGGCCUGUUCAUGCUCUACCUUUCUGCAACAGUCAACUCGCUGCUGCAAAGUGAGAAGGGACCCAAUGUGGUAAUGCUCACUGCGGUCUUCUUCAUGCUUGCCUUCCUGGCAGCCACACAGGAUAUAGCUGUGGAUGGCUGGGCUCUGACCAUGUUAUCCAGAGAAAAUGUGGGCUAUGCAUCUACCUGCAACUCCGUAGGCCAGACGGCUGGCUACUUCCUGGGGAAUGUGCUCUUUCUGGCUCUGGAGUCUCCUGAAUUUUGCAACAAGUACCUCAGAUUAGUGCCCAAAGACACAGGCAUCGUCACAUUGCCAGAUUUUUUGUUUUUUUGGGGGGUGAUGUUUCUAGUUUCCACCACACUGGUGGCCAUCUUAAAAAGGGAAAACGAUCAAGGCAGGGGGAGGAGAAACGUCCCUGAAGAGACUCAGGGCGUCAUGGAAACCUACAAGCUCCUGUUCUCAAUCGUCAAGAUGCCCACAGUGUUCACCUUUUGCUCCCUGCUCCUCACAGCUAAAAUCGGGUUCUCUGCAGCAGAUGCUGUUACAGGUCUGAAGCUGGUGGAAGCUGGAGUCCCCAAAGAGCAGCUGGCACUCCUGGCGGUGCCCAUGGUGCCCUUGCAGAUCCUUUUGCCAGUGGUCAUCAGCAGAUACACGGCAGGGCCCCGACCCCUUGACGUCUUUUACAAAGCAUUCCCGUUCAGGUUGCUUAUUGGGCUUCAAUACGCUCUGCUGGUAUGGUGGACCCCCAGUGUGAAGCAAGAAGGAGGAUACCCAUUUUACUAUUAUGCCAUAGUCUUGGUCAGCUAUGCAUUGCAUCAGGUGGCGCUGUACAGCAUGUAUGUUGCCUGCAUGGCCUUCCAUGCCAAAGUGAGUGACCCCCUCAUAGGCGGGACCUACAUGACCCUGCUGAACACGGUCACCAACCUGGGAGGAAACUGGCCCUCCACCGUGGCUCUGUGGAUGGUUGACCCCCUGACCUCUAAGGAAUGCCAGGGGGCUGUCGGCCAGAGCUGCAGCUCAUCGCUAGAGGCAGGGUUGUGUGUUAAGGAAGGAGGCAUUUGUGUGACCACUCUGGACGGAUACUACGUGGAGUCUGUGGUUUGCGUCGUGAUCGGUUUACUCUGGUGGGUGUGGCUGGGGAAGAAGAUGAGGCAGCUGCAGGAGCAGAGCCCCGCGGCCUGGAGAUGCAGAGUAAACCAGUGACACGAAUCCUACAGAUGUUUAGUAGUGAGCGCACCUUCAUACUCUGCUCCAAAACCAGCUGGACUCACUGUCAUAUAACCCACUUCUUUUUUCUCUGGUCUGGCUUUUAGCUGCCAGACCAAGGAGACAUUUACCAUUAAACAUGGCAAUUUAAUGUACCCACAAAUGAAGCAAGCCACCACUGCUGUCUUUUUAUAAAAACAAAAGGAGCUGUUACCACUAUUAUCAUUUUUUAAAGCAUCCUGGUAGGUUUUUUUUGACCAUGUUGUGCUACUUCAACUAAACCAAACAGAGGCUGGGUCAAAGAACAUGUGGAAAUACUUUUUAGGUUUGUUUUUUUUUUUACCUGGAUUGGGAACUUUAGUUUUCGACCUACAAAGAACCCAAAAGGUUCUUUGAAUGAAAUCCUAAACGUUGUUUUAUGAGUUUCAACAUUUCAAGUUCUGACUUAUCUACCUUUCUUGUUACCAUCUGCCUUACAUGAAAGGCAUAUUCACAAAACAGAUGCACUAAUCCUAACUCAAAGCACAUGUGAGGAUAUAUUUUCAUGUACUGUACGUCUCAGAUUGUGGGCCUGUACUAUGAAGCAGGACAAGUAUCUGGGUAAGGGAAGUUCAGAGGGACUGUACCUGUAUUUAUCAUGCUAUUCAAAAACAGUUUGAGCAAUAAGAUAUGGCCACAUAUCAAUGUUUUAAAAAAGAACAUGGAAAGCAAACGAAUAUCUGCAGUAUGUGGAUAUCUCUUCUCUUUAUUGUUCAGAGGAAUAAAAUAACUCAUCUCCUAUAGUGUAAAAAUUUUCUGGAUUAGAUGAAAAUUUGUUUGCACUUUCAUAUCAAUCUUAUAAGUUCAAGAAGAAGUAGUUUUAGAGUUGCACCGAUCAGGCUUUUUCUGGCCAAUGCCGAUUUGUGCUUUUCUUUGAGGUCCGACCUGCCAGUUUUUGUUUUUUCUUUAAUGAUUUUAAUGCAUAAAAAAAGAAAAAGUUAUUUAAAAAGAUGUAGUUUAACAGAAAUUAAAGGAAUUACAAGCUCAUCCCCUUAUGUGUCAAAUAAUGGGCCUUUAAAUAAAAAAAAAAGGUGCAUCAGUAUAUGCUGUUGGUUAAUGAGUUUAUAGCCCAAAAAUAGCUGAAGUUUUGAUGCAUUUAAUGAAAAGAAAAAAAUGUUUUGAUUAUUUCUUACAUUUGUUUUCAGCAUUUGAUCUGCUGAUCAAGAGAAAAUUGUCUGAUUCCAAUUAUGGCCAGUUGAUCGGUACAUCUCUAAACGUUUUAAAUCCUGGCUGGCAGAAAAUUCACUUAGACUAGGAAGGCCUGAUAUUAGAAAAAAUUGCAAUGAUGAUGCUGAUAUAUACGGCAAUGCCGUUAUUAGUUGCAUUAAAUCCACAUUAACUCCACUCCUCUGUUUCCCGCUCCUGGCCACUAUAAUCAGGCAUGGUUAUCUACUGCAUUAAAGCUCCAUCAAACAGGCUGAAUACCUUAUUGCCAUAAAACUUUCUUAUCUACGACACUUGAAAUACUUUAGCCGACAAUUGCUGCAUUCCAGUCAUCAGUGAUAUCACCAUUGUGAUGGCCAUAUAUUCAUGAUAUAUUGUGUUGCCCCAACUUGGACAUUUACUAUAGGGGCAAUGACUGUUUACAACUGUUUUUAUGUUGUUGUUUUCUUUCUUUUUUGUCUGAUGCAAACAGAUUAAAACAGCUAAUAUUGCUACUGACUGAAUAAGACUAAAAGGAGCCUCUAGAGCAGAUGCAUACAUUUUAAUAAAAUUAGUUAUAUACAAUCAGAUCUAUAGCUGCUUUUAUCAUGUUGCUGCAUAUUAACAAGCUCAGAAAUGUACACAAAUAAUUAGCACACCAUACUUCUGUCAGUUUUUCUUCCUACUUGUUACUCUAAAAAUAAAUAGAUCUUUGAUGGCGAAAGGUGUUGUGAUCCCAACUCAGGCCGUUAAACAAAUUAGUGGCAGUGUUGUGAGAUAUGACAGUGAAAGUAAUGUAGAGUAGGAUAAACCCGAGCCUGCUUCAUAGUAUGUCGCCCAACAAAAUGUUUCUGGUUUAAUUUAAACUAAUGCGUAAAGCCAACUUCUUUCAUGAUUGAUCUACUCAGACCUUUUUAUCUUUUACGUUAUAAUUGUUUUUAUUCGGUUAAACUGUGCCUUGUUUAAGGUCUUCACAAAAAAAAAACGUUCAGAGCCAACACUUGAAAAAUGAAGUCAGGUUAUACUACCACCACAUGGCAGAGAUGUAGUACUGAUAAGCACUCAUGGUACAGUAAAUAUAAUGAAGAUCAGUAGGCUUUGCAGCACACAGCAGCUUUAAUCCUUCAGCUGUCUCUAUUCAUCACUGGGAGUCUGUGUUUCCUAAAGAAGAAAUUCAUUUGCACUUUGUAGCCCAAAAAUCGUUGUCUUCUAUGGUGAAAUGAAUGAAGAGACCUAAAAUAUGUUUAGUUUAACAAGAUGUUGGUCAGUAUAUUGGUUUAAGACUUUUUUAGUACUUGAAAUUUAGAAAAAUCUUCUUUUUGUAUUCCAUUAAUGCAGCUUUCGCGAGCUUGUUGGCCGUAUUGUAACUGCAUAUUACUGCCAUGCAUAAAUGCAGGAAAAACAAUUAACAUCUGUUUAGUCUGUUUAGAUCACGGACAUCAUAUUAACAGCAGCCAUGAGGGAGGAACAGCCAGCUGCGAGUUAUAGUUUUGUCUGUAUGAUGGUUACCAAAAUUCCUAUAAAAUAUAUAGUAGAUGGAUUUGGUUCUUGCUGUUGACUAUAAUAUAUGCACUGAAGCAAAUGCAAAUAUAAUCUACAUCUCAGUCAAAUGGCAGAGGUGCAUCUAGAUAAUGUUGUGCACUUGAACUGUUUAAACUGUUUUUGUUUGCUCAGACAACAGGAAAUGAAUGUGCUGGAAUCCUUUAUAUUGGACAUUAAACUCAACUCACAGCAUCUUGAUGAGAAACUUUGUUGCGGAUCGUCACCCACUGAGAAAUGUUUGGCAUUGACAUGACACUGAUUUACUUUGACACUGUACUUCAGGUAGUGGGAGACUACUUUGAGCCUGUUGCAAAACAUUAGUUUCUUAAGAUUUUGUUAUAUUAUUUGAUUCUUUAUUUUGAGAAUAUAUAUUUUUGAAAUAUUGCACAUCAUUUGUUUACUGCGAUUCCAUUUACCAUGUCAUGUAAACAGGGUUCCUGGAUAUUUUCUGUUUUAAACUCCCAACUAACUCCCAACCGACACACUAACCCAGUUUUUGGCCAAAUAAAUUGAGAUAAAGGCUUUCCAAAGUGAUUUUUUUAUACUACGCACUUUGGUUACUAUUUAUCGAUGUAAAAUGGACAAGGAUAAUCCAUGAAGUAGUGGCGUACUUUGUGCAUGCUCACUAUUGCUUUUUGCAUUAGAAAAUACCGUAACAGCGGAGUUAUUAUGGGUGUUUCCACAUCUGUCUCCUUUUCUCCUGACUGUAAACCUCAAACGUGAUGAACAAGUUAGUAAACGAGAGAAAACGGUAACCUGUGCAAAGGAAACCAUUUUUGAAGAACCACGAACAUUGCUUUUGAAUGAUUUGUCUUUGAGAUGUAAAGGCAUUAAAUUUAGAUGUUAAAUAUUUUGGUUUUUAUUGUCAGUAUUUCAGUCUACAGAUGGAUAUUCUCUCUAAAAAUGUAUCCAACUAAUGAAACCACGGCAUCAAAGUAAUAGCCUUCUCAGUAAACGUUUGGAUCAUUGUGGGUAUCUCAAUUGAAGCAUUUACUGUAUUGUUUUCAUUAAAGGUUUCUACUUUAUUUCUAUAUUCCCAAAACCAAGAAAAUCAAACCCAAUCAUCGCCUGAGGAAUGACGGCGGUGGGUUCUCGUAUCAAAGACUUAUGUUUUACACUGGAGGCCUAAUUUCAGUUGGAUGGAAGAAAGUGAUAGUGCAACAUUUAAUUUACAUUUAGUGUAGAAAACAUUUUUGAAACAUAAAGUCUAAAUUUGCUACUAAAUCUGAGCCUAGUUCUGCUCUAGAUUAUUUCCUAUUUAAAGGGAGUCAUUUCCUCCCACUGUUCGCCACAUGCUCACUCAGGAGGAGAGAUUGCUGCAAAGUCAAUGUCUCUAUGGAGUCAAUGACCAGAUUAAAUGAAUUGUAUUAGACCUAGGAACCAACUGGAAUGUAUGUUAGUAGACUUUAUGGUUAAUGUAUUUGAUCAAAUAUUUCUGGACAGUGAUUGGACCAGCUUGUCUUGUAAAGUGCCUUGAGAUGACUUUUGUUGUGAAUGUGUGAAAUUGCACAAUAUAAAGUGAACAGAAUUAAAAGCAAAUUCCAUGUUUAACAAGACCAGGAAGGAACCCUGUUUAAAUAAAAGGAUGGUUGAGAGUGAUUCAAUAUUGAGAUCUCAAACAUUUGUAAUUAAAAACAUGCACAUCA